GAUCAGGAACCUCCCGAGUAGAGCCCUCCGAUGCGUUAACAUAGUAUACCUAGUACAUGGAGGUUAACUAUUGGCAUGAAUCAUGGGGAAUACACCAGUCGGAGAGACGCGCGGGUGCUCUACGGGGGGUAUGUAUGUACUUUUGGCAGUGGCAGUGGCAGUGGCAGUGGCAGCAGCGCUGAAUCAACACUUUACUCAGGGUAGUACAUAGAUUGGUACAUAGAGUAGCUGGUAGCCUGGUAGGGUGUUUGAGAUAAGCAACGGCCUGAUAUCAGCAGCGCAAUCACGGUGGGUGGGGGGGAUAUGGCCACGGAGAGUUGGAGAUGGGCUUCACGGUUCUGGCCCUCAAUAACGGUCAUUCCCAUGGCCGGGAGGACAUCAUGCGUUGUUAACACUGUCCGUUGGUCUGUCUGUCGACCCGACUCGCCCGUUGGGAGGGAUACUUGGGUACAUAUCGCCGAAUAUUUUUCGUCUCGCUCGACAGACUCGAUGGCGGGAGAGAGAGAGAGAGAGAGGGAAAAAAGAAAAAAGGAAAAAAGAGGGAAAAGAAAAGCAAAAAACACACGCACCCCCUCCCCGCUCUCGCCCCUCACCUCUGACGAAACCGUCCUGACGCAACCUGACGACGCUGACGAUGGGACUAGGUACGUGAGUAGGUAUGAUGGCGAUGGAAUGACAGCUCUGUCAGGUACGGCGGAGGACAGGUGCCUAGAGGAUUUAGCACCAGGCCGGAGCAGGAGAAAGGAAAGAAGGCCAGCUUUCGUAUGUGCUCCGGCAGAAGUAGCAGGUACUGUCGCACCAAUCGAUACCUACUCCAAUCGAUACUCCAAUCGACACUCCAUCACCGGUAGGCAUGUCCUUCUCGGUGCGCCAUGGGUUGCCGUCUGAUUGGCUUCCAUCCGUGACGGUCGAUCUGGCCGUGUCUCUGUCUGCCUGUUCUUUGUCCGUCUGCCUGCGAGCACAGAGCAACUC